AUGGCGCCCAACGGUCUCUGUAGUAAUGUCAUCGUCCAAGAUCGGCUCCCUGAUCUCUUGAUAGGAAUCAAGCAUACUACUAGCCAUGCACUGCAUCCUAUAACUUUUACCGGGGUGUUGAGACACUGGCCCAAAUUUGAACAGGACGUGGAGACGACAUACCUAAACUUUCGGUGGAACCGGCGGGUGGUUGACCACCAGCAGAAGUCUGGAAAGGUCUCAAUGUGGAAUAUCCGACUUGAGCAAACUGCCGUUGGAGAUGAGAUGGGAGUCCAGGGCCGAUGGAGCCAAAACAUUAACCAGAUCAUGUCCGCUGUGUUUCUGUCUCAGGAUAUAGACCUCCAUCUCGGAGACUUCCGGGCCACAACAAGAAACUAUACUAAAACCCCGGAUGUAGCGGCAGCAAGUCGGUCCACAGGUGAGCUACGACUUGUGGGAGAGCUCAAAGCCCCUGGGUCCAGGAGCAUGAUUUAUUGCACGCCUUGCGCAACCAGAAAAGCCUGA